GCUCUAUCGCUGGCGCUCUUAUCUCCGGCUUGUUUUUUGUCAGCGGAAUUAAAGAUGGCGGAUUCCGAGGAAAACAAACCAGCGACCUGCACGUUUCUGUUUAAGAAGUCAAACAAGAAAUUCUCGGCGCGGAAAAGAAAAGCCAGUGACAGCGACAAGGACAGGAGCAGCGAUGAGGAGAAAAACGCCGUGGUGAAGAGAGAAAAGAAAGCGGCCUCUCACAACCCCAUGAUCCAGCGGAGCAAGAAGGUGGAGAAAGAAGUGGUUUCUUCUAGUGACAGUGAGGAAGAGAAAGAAGCAAAGAAGGUCACGGUGGCUUAUAAAUCCACUCGCUCAGCGAAACCAGAGGGACCGGACGACAUGGGAGCCACGGCCGUGUACGAGCUCGACACCGAGAGAGAUAAAGACGCCCAGGCCAUCUUCGAACGCAGCCUGAAAAUUCAGGAGGAGCUGCGCGGUAAAGAGGACGAUAAAAUCUAUCGCGGCAUCAACAACUACCAAAAGUACGUCAAGCCAAAGGACACCACCAUGGGGAACGCUUCAUCUGGCAUGGUCAGGAAAGGGCCGAUCCGAGCUCCUGAGCACUUGAGAGCGACGGUGCGGUGGGAUUAUCAACCCGACAUCUGCAAAGAUUACAAAGAGACAGGAUUCUGUGGAUUUGGAGACAGCUGUAAGUUCCUGCACGACCGCUCUGACUACAAACACGGCUGGCAAAUCGAGAGGGAGCUGGAGGAAGGACGAUACGGUGCUAACGACGAGGAAAACUACGAGGUGAGCAGCGACGAGGAGGAUCUGCCUUUCAAGUGCUUCAUCUGCAGGGAUUCAUUCAAGAACCCGAUUAUAACCAAGUGUAGACAUUAUUUCUGCGAGGCCUGCGCGCUACAGCACUACCGCAAGUCCAAACGCUGCUACGUGUGCAACCAACAAACCAACGGAGUCUUCAACCCAGCCAAAGAGUUGAUGGCGAAGAUGCAGAAACAACAGGCUGCUGCAGACCAGCCGCCUUCAGACGAGGAAGACUAGCUUUCCCAUUGCCUCCGUUCCCCUCUUACUCUUCUCCUUAUAUGGCUCUCUGUUUUGUAAAUUAAUGGUCAAAAAUAAAUACAUUUUUUUUUUUAAA